AUGUACAAGGUCGGUUCGGAUCGGAUCAGAUCUUAGAUCUUUAAACAAAAACAAGUUCCAGUUCUACUCCACAUAUCUUUUCGUGCUCGCCUUCUUCACGGUCAGCUGCACAGGCGUUGCCCUCAUCAGCAACUAUGACUCAUCUCCGUUCCAUCGAAAUGUGCUCUGCGUCUUGUUCGAUCUCAGUUUCACUCUGUAAGUAGUCGCUUUGCCCUCCGUCCAACUCUUCUGAUCCAUUCUAGUCUAUGCAUUGUGGCGCCGUAUUUGUCGGUCAAAAUGAGCGAAGCAUGGCAGAACGAACUGGAUCUGAUUCUCGUAAAAGUACGAAAGGUGUAUGUAGUUUGGCACGUAACAAGAACUUUAAGGUCGGCGUCAGAAAAGCAACGAAAGUGAGGAGCGUUUGCGAUCGUUCGAAAAGACUGAAGAACACUUUCGGAGAAGUGAUGGACUUCGAGACGAGCAAACACAGCGACGUGUACUUUGAACAACUGAAAAAGUCAUGGAACAAGAAUGAAUUCCAAGUUGGGAGAGUGUGA